AUGGCCUCAUAAUUAUUAGAAAAGUUAUUCUAAAAUAACCCUCAUUUGAAUGAAAUUUAAAAAGAUCGAAUUGCAGAAACAUUAUAAUACUUAGAGUAACAUAAAAUUUCACUUUUGUUUGAAGUAAUUAUUUAAGAUGAUUAAAUUUAGGAAUUAUUGUCUUAAUUAAUAUUUGAAAUGAGCAAUUAACCUAGAAAAACACUAUUAGAUGCACUUAAAAAUUAUAAAAAUUAAUAAUUCUUUGACACAUCUGAUUAUGAAGUAAUUUUUGAACAUUUUGAUAUAUUUAAUGAUAAAACUGUCAAGAUUAAUUCAAUUAGAUAGGGAUUAUAAAUAAUUGGUAUUACAAAAUCAGAAGAAGAAAUUAAUUAAAAAUAUUAAUCUAUUUUAAAAAAAGGAUUCCUAAAUAAAAAUGAAUUUAUUGAUAUUAUGAAAAAUGAAUAUACUUAAAGAUGA